CGGGGCCGGGCGGCGGGCGGAGCGGCUGCUCCCCGCGCCUCCGCCCCCCCCUCCCCGCCCUGCUCGGCGGGGCCGGGCCGAGCCGCGCCGCGCCGCGAAGAUGGCAGCGGGGGAGCCGCAAGCCAAGAAGCUGAAGCUGGAGCCCAAGCAGCUCAGUGAAAAUGUCCUGUUUGGCAUGGGAAAUCCUCUGCUUGACAUCUGUGCGGUUGUGGACAAGGACUUCCUUGACAAGUAUGGGCUGAAGCCAAAUGACCAAAUUCUGGCAGAGGAGAAGCACAAAGAACUAUUUGAAGAACUUGUGAAAAAGUUCAAAGUAGAAUAUCACGCUGGUGGCUCUACUCAGAAUUCUGUUAAAGUGGCCCAGUGGAUGAUUCAGAGCCCUUACAAAGCUGCAACUUUCUUUGGGUGCAUUGGCAAAGAUAAAUUUGGAGAGAUAUUAAAGAAGAAGGCUGAGGAAGCUCAUGUGGACGCCCAUUACUAUGAGCAGAGUGAAGAACCAACCGGAACCUGUGCUGCCUGCAUCACUAGUGAUAACAGGUCUCUUGUAGCUAACCUCGCUGCUGCUAAUUGCUAUAAGAAGGAAAAGCAUCUUGAUUUGGAGAAGAACUGGAAGUUGGUGGAAAAGGCCAAAGUUUACUAUAUAGCGGGAUUCUUCCUGACGGUUUCACCAGAAGCAAUAUUAAAAGUGGCUACUCAAGCUUCUGCAAACAACAAGAUCUUCAGCUUGAAUCUUUCUGCACCAUUUAUUAGCCAGUUCUACAAAGAGCCUAUGAUGAAAGUCAUGCCCUAUGUUGACGUCCUUUUUGGAAACGAGACGGAAGCUGCCACUUUUGCUAGAGAGCAAGGCUUUGAGACUGAAGACAUUAAAGAGAUAGCCAAGAAGACACAAGCCCUGCCAAAGGUGAACACUAAAAGGCAACGAAUUGUAGUCUUUACCCAGGGGAAAGAUGACACUGUAAUGGCUACAGCAAAUGAAGUAACUACUUUCCCUGUGUUGGUGAGUGAUCAGAGUGAAAUCGUGGAUACCAAUGGAGCCGGAGAUGCAUUUGUUGGAGGCUUUCUCUCACAACUUGUCUACGACCGGCCAGUGACCGAGUGCAUCCGAGCUGGACAUUACGCAGCCAGCGUAAUUAUCAAGCGCUCAGGUUGCACCUUCCCAGAGAAGCCCGACUUCCACUGAUACUGGUGAAUUGGAGGGAUCAACAGUAACUCCCAUGUCGCCGUGGGAUCGCUGCCUAAUUUUUCCUCCUUCCCUUCCCUCACCUUUCCAAUUACCUGCAUCAACGCUUCUGUACUUCUGUUCAUUUUAUUCUAAACAAAAUAUGUAUUUCUAUGGUGUGUUUCUUUCCGUACCAUUACCAUGUCUCACUAGUCUUAACUUUUGGAAACAGUGCUAAGUGAAGCUUUUUCUCCCAUUCAUCUGGAAAAAAAAUGUUCUCUUGACACAGAUUAAAAGAAAAUCCCACGUAUAUGACACUGCUGAUUAACACCAGUAAAAUAUUUCUAUUGAAUUACCUAGUUUUAUCUAGCUGUGACCAAAUCCUACACAACGUACUUGAAAUCAACAAACCUGACUUUGUGUGUAACGUAAUGUUGUAAACCAGGAAUAGUUCUUUCUGUAUAGUGGAGUCACAGUAGUGUUAAGACCAAUUUUGAAUAUCCCAAGAUUUUCCUUAACUGUUUGAGUGUACAAGUGUUUUGAGUGUACAUCAUAUCCAGCCCAGCUUCCAUGAAAGCAAGUAGCUAUUUUAUCAAUAAUUUAAGGAACGUGAUCCAAAGCUGGUGCCGUGCAUUCAGUGUUCUUACACUGAUGCCAGUAACUUUGGGUCUGGCACUAACGUGAGAGCAGGUCCUGUUCACCAUGCUGUAACUUCACAUUGGGCUGUCAGGUGAGCCAGCAGCUAGGUACAUGCGGUGAUUUCAGGACAGAGGUGUGAGCUGCUGAUGGACAUAAACAUACAGCUAGAUCCUGUCUCCUCAAUGUGAACUCUCUGGAGGCUGUAUUUAAUUAAGGUACACAUAGUGAAAAUGAGGUACAGAAAUAUUUAUGCAGGAUAUAUUGACAGGAUAUGCCAAACGGAAUCUCUGAAACGCACAUUUUUAAACUUUUAAUUUACUUUGGAUAAUUAAGCAAUAUGGUGGAUUUUGUUUGUAUUUACAGUAUUCAAAGAGGUGAUCUGAUACUGCAUUCAUUACUUUGCUAUGUAAUUUGAUACCGAUAAAUAAAAAAUUGUCGUACAGUAA